AAAGGGCAGAUCAUAAAUGACAGAUCAUAAGGGGCAGAUCAUGAAGGAUAAUCAACUGCGUUGUAUUCAGAUUCAGCUAAGAACUAGCCGCUGCUUCAUUCACCGAUGUUUCGUUGAGGAUCUCUCGACGCUGACUGUACAGGAUAGAGAGAAGUACGUUACUCCCCGGGCGAGAGCUUGCGUUAGAAAUGUUACAUGCCAUGUGAAACUCUAAUCCGCUGAGUUAAUUACCGCCAAACCUUAACGGCCUCGAGGGACCACACCACAGACUUGGACAAACC